GUAACAGUCCAGCUCCACUACCCUGUCUGUUGUGGUCAAUUUUCAUUUAACCAAACGAGACAUCUACAAAUGUACACCUUAUCCAGCCCUGGGUGAUCCUCCAUGCCGACAUCACGGGGUGACGGGACCAGCUGUGUGUGCAAUGCUGCAAGAAGGAAAGGUUAAAAAUAAACCACGGGGUUGCAGAAGCUUCUUAUAAUGACACACUGGAAGGAAAUGCUUGUUUUGAAUUAUGGUGGUUAUGCAGAAACCUCUGGAAUUUGCUCGUAAGAGGUUGAAAGUUUGUUUUCAUCGAGAGCAGAACUUGAGAAUCUUUGUAGGUUUGUGAGCAUGGCCUUUUCCCACUGCCUGCAAGGCUUUGCAGGGCUGUUCUACAGAAAUGGAGAAGAGUUCCUGCAUCGCUUGGGUAAAUGAUUUUGGCCUGCAUUUUAGCUGUGACUUGAUGUGUGAUUGCUACCCACAGUUAAAGGUUGUUCUUACGCUUUGCGAACAGCAGCGUCGCUGGUGCUGCCACGUGCUGAACAUCGCUGUGCUGACCCUGCUGUCUUUGCCUCUUUCUGAGUAUCAACCAGAUCAUUCAGCUCACCUGAAGUUUAUUUUCUGGCGCAGUUGGAGCUCUGAGCAGACCCAGAGUGUGCUGCAAGGAGUGCAGUUGUGCUGCUGUGUUUUGAUCACUCACACUUAUGUACACGUGUGUCUGGAUGCUUUGUGCAGAGCAGCACGUGGAGCCUGGCUGUGCUCCUGGCUGGAAUGUCCUGCUUGUUACCUGUGCUUCCUGCUUGGUUUUUGUUUGGUUGGUUUCAUUCAAGGCUGAUCUUGCUUCCAAAACGGUUGCAUACAAACACGAUGUCUCCUUAGAAUUGCAAUAAACGCCACCUUAUUUCAGGAAAGGUUUGGAUGGGAAUUAGAAGAUUACCUGCUAUCCUGAGCGGCUCUCAAAGCAGAGGAGCUGGGCGGUGAGCUGAGGCAUCUCAGUGGCACGACUUGCAAAGGUUUGUUUUGAAGUGAGGCCGCACGGGGUGCGAUGGCACGCAGAGCAGCGCAGCUCCUCGCAGCAUGCAGGCGUGCUGCCAGCUCAGCAUCGGCCGUCACAGAGCUGCCUGGUCUCAGGGUUGGUGUAGCCCAUUCCAGACUGGGCUGAUGCUCUGUUUGGGGUUCUGCUGCUCCCUUGGAUGCCCUCAUGGCCAUAAUGAGAGCAGGAUCUCCCAGGGGUGCUGGCACGUGGCCGUCAUACACUGAAGACUCCUCCUGUGCCACCAUUUACAGAGAUGUGUUACUGGAUUCGUGUAAACCUGUAUGUGCCUCUUGUGAAACUAGUUCAGCGUCGCUAGAUUGUUCCUCCUGAUUUGGGCAGGAUCAGGUGUCUGGCACUUCUUGCUACGCAGAGCUCAUUCUUUAGAUAUGCAAGUGGGCUGUGCACAUCUUACUUUUUAAUCAAGGGACAGGCUCCCAAAACAGCGCUGCAGUGAGAGCAUCACGCUGGGAGCAGUGCUGAAUGUCAGAGCAGAGUUUGUUCCAGAUGCUCGCUUUUCAGCUCUGUGGAUCCGUUCUUCGUACUUCAGGGUUUUGCUGUGUGCAGAGGCAUUGGUUUUUAUUCUUUGCUGUAUCAAAAAGUAUUGACAUGAAAGGAAACGCAGUGCUGCUUUUUUUCCUGUAGCACCACUUCCCAAUAAUUAGGCUUCUCAGGAGUUUGUGUGAUAGGAAGCGUAAAACCAACAGAGUCGUGUGGCUUUUUGGGUGGUGGUUCUUCAAAGCCCUGUCUGUGGAGGUGGUCAUUCCACGGAGGAAUGGCCAUAGACUCUGAUGGGGGGAGGACGUGCAAUGGCAGUUUUCAGUUAAAACAAAUACAUCUGUACCUGCAGCUGGGGGUGCUGAGGCACAGCACUGGUCUGUGCUUCUGCCUUGUUUCUUCACAGCCUCCAUCUCACUGCAGGUUGAGCCGCAUCCUGGAGGCGCUGGGAAGGAACCCUGCUGCCAUGGAGCGCUGUGCAGAAUGGGCUCUGUGUCGUCGGGCCGGGCUGGGAGCAGCGCUGUGCCAUGCAAAGCACCUGCCAGCUCUGCCCAGCAGCAGGUGCCUGGCGGUGGGAGCUGGUUCCUCCUUCCCUCAGAGCCUCACAGCUUCUCAGCGCAUCCCUCCGGUGCUCCUACUUUGCAAAUCACCUCAGAUAUUUGGAUAAAUUGCAUUUAGACCUGCUCUCCACCCACCCGGUUUGUUCAGCUGCUGCCGGGCACAGCCUGCUUGGGGCUGCAGGUGGGAGGUGGAGGCUGUCCUUGUGCCUGGCCCUGUGGCAGUGCCCCAGCUCCUGCCCCGCAUGGCUGCUUCUUCCAGCUGAGGAGCUCCAGGUGGAACUGCAAGAUCAGAGCUCUGAGUUUAGUUUGCAGCUGUUCUGCAGCUUGUGUUGCCAGUAGCAACUUCUUGCUUGAAUGUGCAUCAAGGCAUCCAGGGGGAGAUGGCUUCAUUUGGCUGCUUCCCCUUCCCAGGCAUUAAAGAAAGAUCCUUGCUGGGGCUCUAUUUAAAAACAAAACAACCACAGACAGCAGCAGUGUCUUCAUGGCUGCUUUGUGUCCUACGAACUGAGGUCCUUAAGCACUUGUCAGCUGCCACAGGGCUUUUUUAAGUUGAACAUCUGCAAAAGGUGUUCUGCUCUGGUGAGCAGAAAAGCUCUAAUUGCAGAGUGUUGCUGCCUUAGUUCUUGAGAUGUGCUGCCUAAUCUGCUCUGUAAUCACCUCCAGGCGUUUUAUGCCCAGGCCUCAGCGUUUUGGCCUCCUUUUCCCUGUGUCUGGAAACAGAGUGUUAUCCUUCAUGGGGCACCCUGGGGCUGUUCAGAGGGGAUGCGUGGUGUCAGGGUGGAUGCAGCCCACUCCUACGUGCCCAUUUCUUACCUGGUGUGUGCUUCGGAGCCUUUGGGAUUUGUUUGCUUGUGCCUAAUGGAGUUAUGUGAGAUGGGUUUGAGCCUCAUUCAGCAGCAGGAUGAGGUGGGAGAGCCUGGAGCUUGUGGGGAUCCACAGGAGGAAGCCCUGGGGUGGGAGAAGCAAAGUGGAAAGGAGCUGUGGAAGCUCCCUGCAUAUCAAAGCAGAUGAACGGGGUGAGAUGCUGAUCCCACGAGCACAGAGCUGCCUUCCCACUGGCUCAGGGGGGUUUAUCUCCAGCCCCGCGGUGUUUUUUCUGCUGGUGCUAUUCCUGAUAGCAGGCAUUCUUAAAUCACAGGAAUGCAGUUCCCCCGGGUGAAGGAGCUUACCUAAUGGUGCAGGAAUGGUUCUGUUGUUAAAGUUGGUGUCAUGGAGCCAACGCCGAGGGUUUGCAUGGAAGUUUGGGUUUUUCUGUUUUCUCUCUGAUGCUUGCAGGCAUAUUCAAGGUCCCUCACGUAUCUCUCCUAGUGGGAACCAAGAACUGGAAUAAUGUCUUAGCUUUCACCUGCUUAGGCUUUUAUUUCAGACUCUGCCAUUAUUUCCUUCUGUAAGUCUUCUGAAGAAACCAGGCUGUGGGCAGUUCUUCUCCCCGCUCACAGGCAGCCUCCUCUCACUUCUCCUCCACAGUCACUCUCCAUAGCAGGUGUCCCUCACUGCUGCUCUGAAACCAGUCCUGUGUGUGCUCUGCAGGUGGGAGUUCUCUGCCUUCCUCAGGACGACCCUUUAAAUUCUGGGUGAUUGAAGCAAACCGUUUCCAGCUCCUCCUUCCAAGUUUGGAUGAGUGUGACAGAGGCCUACACCUAAUGCUUAAUUUGCCCUUGAUGUAACGCUGUGUUGUUACCAGAGCUUUCUUCCCCUUUGCUCCAUUUUUAACCUGUUGCUUCUUAGGGUUCUGUUGCAUUGCAGUGCAGUGUUUAAGCAGGCUGAAAGCAAGACAUCUGUGGUUUUGAGUCAGCCCUGAGAAAUGGUUCGGCACCAGGAUGAAUGGCAUCUCCAGUUGCAGCAAAGACCCCAUCAGUGCCUGUGUUGAAGUAUUGCCAGUUUCCAGCAUGUCUACAGAUGGCAGCUUCGGCACAGGCAGCAGCAGCGAUGCCCAGCAGAGCCUGCAGUCCUUCUGGCCCCGCGUCAUGGAGGAGAUCCGCAACCUCACAGUGAAAGACUUCAGGGUUCAGGAGCUGCCCCUGGCUCGGAUUAAGAAGAUAAUGAAACUGGAUGAAGAUGUGAAGAUGAUUAGUGCUGAGGCCCCUGUGUUGUUCGCCAAGGCAGCUCAGAUAUUCAUAACAGAACUGACGUUGCGAGCCUGGAUCCACACAGAAGACAACAAGCGCAGGACUCUGCAGAGGAACGACAUUGCCAUGGCAAUUACAAAGUUUGAUCAGUUUGACUUUCUGAUUGACAUCGUCCCAAGAGAUGAGCUGAAGCCUCCGAAGCGUCAGGAAGAGGUCCGUCAGGCUGUGACCCCGGCUGAACCCGUGCAGUAUUAUUUCACCCUUGCUCAGCAGCCUGCUGCAGUGCAGGUCCAGGGGCAGCAGCAAGGACAGCAGACCACGACAUCUACAACCACCAUCCAGCCAGGGCAGAUCAUCAUUGCACAGCCUCAGCAGGGGCAGGUGGGAGAAGGCCAGCAGGUGCAGAUUGUGCAGGCCCAGCCGCAAGGACAGAGCCAGCAGGCGCAGAGCGGGACGGGGCAGACCAUGCAGGUCAUGCAGCAGAUCAUCACCAACACGGGGGAGAUCCAGCAGAUCCCGGUUCAGUUGAAUGCUGGCCAGCUGCAGUAUAUCCGCUUAGCCCAGCCUGUGUCAGGCACCCAGGUAGUCCAGGGGCAGAUCCAGACGCUUGCAACCAAUGCCCAGCAGAUAACGCAGACAGAAGUCCAGCAGGGGCAGCAGCAGUUCAGCCAGUUCACAGACGGGCAGCAGCUCUACCAGAUCCAGCAAGUGACCAUGCCUGCAGGCCAGGACAUCGCGCAGCCCAUGUUCAUCCAGUCCACCAACCAGAGCUCGGAUGGCCAGGCCACGCAGGUGGCGGGGGACUGAGCGGCAGCCCUGUGUGGGGAAGCAAACACGUGCCAGCUUCACCCGGCCUGGUCUGAGGAAUGCGUUGCUUCUGCGUCUCCGUACUUGACAGCGAGCCUCCAGCAGGCUGCGGUCUCUGGUGCACCAUACGCCUUCGUCUGGUGGGUAUGAGAGCAUAUCCAGCAGACACAAGAAUGCAAGAUUUUUAUUUUUGGAAGUCCAUAUUUCAGUGCGUUCAGCUGCUCCUUCAAAGCCCGCGAAACUGAAGGGAGCCGAUGGAAUUCGGAGCAUCUCAUUGAGCAGCGGUGAAAGGCUCUGACCUGGGGAAAUGAUUCAAGGGUUGCUGCAGGAGCUUCCUGCCUGGUGCUCCGUUUGUGUUUCCCCCCGAAUAGAGCUAGGUUCAGUGCUGCCAUCUCAGUGGUCUGUUACGGGUGGGAGGGGGGAGCGUGUCUGUGUGUUGGGUUGCCUCUCCUGCCUCCUUUUUUGGUAAGCCGGAGCAUUGAAUAUAUGCAGCUAGGGGGCAGGGAGUGGGGGCAGAGUAAUUAAAGUGAAAACAAAAACAUUCCUUGUAUUAUGACUGUGUUUUCUAAAGACAAAAUGAUUCUUGAAUUUGACCUGGUUUAUUCCAGAGAUGCUAAUGGCGUCCGGAUGAACCCCAACCCCCGUUCACUGUUGUUCUGGCUUCGGUCGAUGCAUGUAAUAUAAGCUUCCUCAAACAAAAUAAAUUCCCUUUGUAAGAUAA